AUGGCUGGUUGUCUGCAAAGAGGAAGGCUGUGUGCAGCAAGAGCACAUCUGAAGUGCAUCUUUGUAUUGUUUUUAUUAGAAUAUUGUCUCUCUUUAGUGGAUGCAGAUCCUUUUAUUGAAGCUUUUCACCAUAGACACCGAUCUGGACCUACUGCUGAAACAAUCUUGAUUGCCAACAAUGGGAUAAGAGUUCCCUUUGGACGCUCUGUGUAUUUGGACCCUAUCAAUGACCUUGUGACCGAAGUGCAUGCAGAAGACCGCUGUCACAUUACAGUCCUGGACAAUGACCCAUUGGCCCAGAGACCUGGAAUGCUAACACCAAAGAAGUUUCCCUGUGCUUUCGGAGCAGAAGAGGUGAAAUACACUCACUUUGGUUCCCGAAGCCCUAGCAAGGAUCACAUAAAGCUACAGUUGAGGUAUGACUCUCACACAGACACUGUGGUGGUUCCUUUCCUUCUUGAAGUAGAAGUGGUAUUUCAGCAACUGGAGAUUCUCACUCGUAACAUGCCUCUGGUUGUGGACAAGCUCAAUGGGCUAAGCAACCCAAUUGACAAAAAAACCUUGGCGUUUGCUUAUGAAGAUGGUGUCACUAAAUGCAAGAUAACCACAUUGGUUGGUGCAGGAAAACUUCCCAGGUAUGGCACUCUUACUGAUAACUCAGUUAAUGGCCAGAUGAUUAAUUGUGAUGAUUUUCUCAAAAAGGGAAUUAAGUAUCAACAUACUGCCAACACCAACUCUCCUAACAGAGACUACAUUCCAAUGCUAGUGGAAGUACAAGAUAAUGAUGGUAAUACUAUUCAGCAGGAGCAUUUCCAAAUCAUGGUUAGAAUAAAAGAGGGUACUGAAAAUACACCACCAAAGCCUAGCUUUAUAUCUAUGAUGAUGAUGGAGAUUGACCAAUUUGUAAUGACAGCCAUUACAUCAGAUAUGCUGGAAGCUGAAGAUGUUGAAUCAAAUUCUGAUGAAUUAAUCUUUAACAUAACAACUCCCCUGGGCUAUCAGCAGGGCUAUAUUAUCAGCACAGAUGAUCAGAACCAGUCAAUCACCUCUUUUUAUCAGAAAGAUUUGAAAGACCUGAAAAUCGCUUACAAGCCUCCAUCUGAGGAUUCAGACGUUGAAAGAAUUUUCCAGAUAGAAUUUGAAAUUGUUGAUACUGAUGGAGCAGUUUCUGACCCUUUUGCUUUCAUGAUUGUUGUGAAACCAAUGAACACUUUAGCUCCAGUGGUGACCAAAAAUACAGGACAACAGCUUUUUGAGGGUCAAUCAAGACCACUAUCCAGCUCACAAAAUUUAGAAAUCAGUGAUGAGGAUAAUCUUAAUGAGGUGAAGAUUACGGUAGUUGAUGGCUUAAAACAUGGAGAGCUGAAAGUGUUAGGGUCUCAAAGAAACUUUUUCACACCAGCUGAUCUAGAUGCUGGCAUUAUUGAAUACCAGCAUGAUGGAAGUGAUACCUACAGUGAUAACAUUAUAUUUAGAAUGACUGAUGGCAGUAAUGAAGUAGAGUUUUUAUUCCCCAUCACAAUUGCCCCAACUGACGACGAACCCCCCAUUAUAAAUGCAAACACUGGUAUUGUGCUGUUUAAGAAUGAAGUGAUGCAGAUAUCCCCCUUUAUCCUGAGUGCCACUGACAUUGACUCAGAGGAUUCAACCAUCAAAUUUAUAUUAGAAGAGCCAUAUUCAGCAAUUGGUGAGCUGCUCCUCAAGCAGGUGGAGCCUCCUCCAGACCCAUCUGCAUGGAAGUUUAGUGCAACAGAUGAUAUGUUUGAACAGGUGGUGACAGAAUGGUUUCAGCAGGAUAUUCUAGAUGGGAAACUGUUCUAUCGUCACAAAGGACCUCACAGUACCACCACUUUGAUCGACCAGUUUGUCUUUAGAGUCCAGGAUGACAAUGAUCCACCAAAUCAAUCAGGAGAGCACACAUUCGCCAUUAAAAUCCAUCCAGUGGAUGACAUACCUCCAGAGCUUUACCCUGGCACCAUGCUACACAUGACAGUCAAAGAAUAUGAGCUGACAUUUUUUAACAAGAAGUUUAUACGCUACACAGAUCUGGACUGUGAUGACAGGGAACUUAAGUACACCAUCAUCAAGCCACCUACUGACACAGACGAAAACAAUCCUGUUCCUCUCGGUGCCAUUGUACUGACUGACAGCCCUGACAUUAACAUCAGUGAGUUCACGCAAGCACAAGUUAACCACCAUAAAGUGGCAUACAAACCCCCAGACCAAGAGCUUGGUAUUACUCCAAAAGUGGUCCAGUUUACAUUCACUGUAGAGGACACUGCUAGUAAUUCAGUUGAUGGACUUUUUACAAUAUUUUUACAGCCUGUUGACAACAAGCCCCCUAUAAUUACCAAUACUGGUUUUACUGUUCUGGAGCGAAACACCUACAUAAUAACCAAAAAUGAACUUGAUGCCUCUGACCAGGACACUGAGGAUGAGAAUAUUAAAUUCACUGUGACCCAGAUUCCCAGAUUUGGGCAGCUGCAAUAUUUAGGAAUUGACAUGUCUAAUGGAGAGACAUUUGUAUUGGAGGACAUUGAAAACAAUCGGCUGGCCUACAUUCACAGUGGUGAAGAAUCUCUUCAUGAUGUCAUUAAGCUGGACAUUAGCGACGGCUUCCAUGACAUGCCCAUUGUUGUCAAGGUUAACAUCAAGCCUGUUGAUGAUGAAACCCCUACUAUCAUGUUACCAGCAGGUUUGUUAGGGGCUUCAAUUGAUGUACUUGAGAAUGGUGCAACAGAAAUCACCAGCAAUGUCAUCCAGGGUCAUGAUGAAGACACAGAUGACCUCAUGCUGACUUUCAUAGUAGAGGAGCCUCCUAGGCUAGGAGAAAUAAUGGUGAGGGGAGCCCCUGCUGAGCGCUUCACCCAGCAAGAUAUAAUCAAUGGCGUGGUUGUCUAUGUUCAUACUAGCGGUGAAAUUGGCCCUAUCAAAGAGCAUGACUCCUUCAACCUAACCAUAUCGGACAUGUCAGAUGAAUGGGUUGUUGGUGGCAACAAAGUCCAAGGGGUCCGUGUCCAUGUCACCAUCCUCCCUAUAGAUAGUGUUCCACCUGUUGUUAGUGUGGAUGGCCAGUUUGUAGUAGUAGAGGGUGAAAAAAAUGUUAUCACAUUGGAGCACAUUCAAGCUGAGGAUAUUGAUACUGAUAAUGAUGAUAUCUUAUGCACUAUAAUUGUUCAGUCCACAUCUGGUUAUGUGGAGAACAUCUCCCCAGCUCCUGGGUCUGAAAAAUCCAGAGCAGGCACUGCCAUCACUGCUUUCACUAUUAAAGAUGUUGGUCUUAACCAUAUCUAUUAUGUCCAAAGUAUUCACAAGGGUGUGGAGCCAGUAGAGGACAGAUUCACAUUCCGCUGCUCUGAUGGCAUUAACUUUUCAGAGAGGCACUAUUUCCCCAUUGUCAUCAUCCCGGCCAAUGACGAAAAGCCAGAGAUCUUCAUCCGUGAAUUUGUCGUCAUGGAGGGGAUGAGCUUGGUUAUUGACACUACUAUUUUGAAUGCCGCUGAUGCAGACAUCCCAGGUAAUGAAUUAGUUUUUGAAAUAAUUAAAACCCCCAAACAUGGAAACAUAGUCCAGCAGUUGAGCACUGGGGCCAUUUCAGUGGUGAAAUUUUCCUUAGAGCAGAUUAAGGAGGCCUCUAAUAUUGUUUAUGAGCAUGAUGACUCUGAAACCAAGGAAGACAGUUUUGAAAUUAGACUCACUGAUGGGAAGCACACUAUUGAAGAGAAGGUUCCCAUAAUGGUCAUUCCUGUUGAUGAUGAAACCCCAAGAAUGGCCAUCAAUGAUGGACUGGAAGUAGAGAUUGGAGAAACCAAAGUCAUUAGCAACAGAGUUCUGAAAGCUACCGAUUUGGAUUCCGAGGACAAAGAGCUAACUUACAUUGUCCGCUAUGGCCCUGGCCAAGGAUACCUCCAGCGGAUUACUAAACAUGGAGUCGUCAUCGGCAAUAUUAGUAUUGGAAUGAAUUUCACUCAAGAUGAACUAGACAAACAAUUGAUUCAGUAUGUUCACACAGGCCAGGAGGGUGUCCGUGACCUGCUAAAGUUUGAUGUAACUGAUGGAAUCAAUCCCCUCAUAGAUCGCUAUUUCUACAUUAAUAUUGGAAGCAUUGAUAUGGUCUUCCCUGAUGUUAUCAACAAAGGUGUGACCCUCAAAGAGGGAGGUAGGGUCACCUUGACCACAGAUCUUCUCAGCACAACUGACAUUAACAGUCCAGAUGAAUAUCUAAGUUUCAGCAUUACUCGUGCCCCUAGCAGGGGCCACCUAGAAAGUACAGAUCUCCCAGGUGUGCCCAUAUCAACCUUCACUCAACUGCAACUAGCUGGCAACAAGAUCUACUACAUCCACACAUCCGAUGAUGAAGUGAAGAUGGACAGCUUUGAGUUUGAGGUGACAGAUGGCUACAACCCUGUGUUCCGCACCUUCCGUGUAUCCAUUACUGAUGUAGACAACAAAAAGCCAGUCCUGACGAUCAAUGAGUUGGUGGUAGGGGAGGGAGAAACCAAGCUGAUCACACCCUUUGAACUGACAGUGGAGGACCGUGACACUCCAGACAACCUGCUGCGAUUUGUAGUAACUCAAGUGCCAGUUCACGGUCAGCUUUUGUUCAAUGGAACUAAAGUCAUUACAACAUUCACCAAGCAAGAUCUAAAUGACAACCUCAUUACCUACAGGCAUGAUGGCACAGAGACAAAUGGUGACAGCUUCUCAUUCACAGUUACGGAUGGAACUCACACUGACUUCUAUGUUUUCCCUGAUACUGUCUAUGAAACUCGCAAACCCCAGAUGAUGACAAUUCAUAUCAACACAGUGGACAAUGGGGUGCCUCAAAUUAUUGUAAACAAAGCAGCACCAUCCCUCAGGGUUCUUCAUACUGGGCACUUAGGAUUUCUGAUCACGAGCAAAGCUCUAAAGGCUGAGGACAGAGAUAGCCCAAACAAAGUGCUUAAGUAUGUUGUGACCAAAACCCCUUUUCAUGGCUUUAUCAUGAAUACUGCUUUGGGAAAUGAUAGCAUCAAGUCCUUCUCGCAGGCUGAUAUUGAUGAAAUGAAGAUUUGUUAUGUGCUUCUUGAUGGGUCCAAUGCCACAAGUGAUACAUUCUACUUCACAGUGGAAGACAAUGGGGGCAACAAACUGAAGCCGCAAAUGUUCCGUUUGAACUGGGCCUGGAUAUCUCUGGAGAGGGAAUACUACAUAGUAGAUGAGGAUGCAAAGUUCCUGGAGGUCACCCUCAAACGCCGGGGAUACUUGGGAGAGACAUCGUUUGUCAGCAUUGCCACCAAGGAUGGCACAGCAAAAAAGGACAAAGACUUUCGUGGCAAAGCUCAAAAACAAAUCCAGUUUAACCCUGGCCAAACCACCGCCACCUGGAGGGUCAAGAUAUUUACUGACCAAGAGUUUGAAACUUCAGAGACUUUCGAAAUCCAGCUCUCAGAGCCAGUGAUGGCCGUUCUCGAGUACCCUGAUAUCGCCACGGUGGAGAUUGUGGAUCCUGGUGAUGAGUCCACAGUGUUCAUCCCUCAGGCAGAAUAUUAUAUAGAAGAAGAUAUAGGAGAACUGCUUGUCCCUGUCCACAGGUCAGGAGAUGUGAGCCAAGAACUUAUGGUGAUCUGUUUUACAACGCAAGGCAGUGCAAUCGGCACCACUCCUAGCACAGUGCUCUCCUAUUCUGACUACAUCACAAGGCCUGAGGACCACACCAGUGUUCUGCGCUUUGACAAGGAUGAGAGGGAGAAGCCGUGUCGCAUAAUAAUAAUUGAUGACUCCCUCUAUGAGGAAGAAGAAAGCUUCAAUGUGUCCCUUAGUAUGCCUAUGGGUGGCCAGGUGGGAGCCAAGUUCCCAAGUGCCAAGGUGGUCAUCUUGGCUGAUAGUGAUGAUGAGCCAUCUUUCUAUUUUGGAGAGACUGAGUACACGGUGGAUGAGAGUGAUGGUUACGUAGAGGUUAAAGUCUGGAGGACUGGCACUGACCUUUCAAAGACAGCUACAAUCACAGUCCGUUCCAGGAAGAGUGAACCUUUGUCAGCAGACGCGGGCCUAGAUUAUGUGGGAAUCAGCCGUAACUUGGAUUUUGCUCCAGGUGUGACAAUGCAGAAUUUCCGUGUGACUAUCCUGGAUGACUUGGGCCAGCCAGAGCUGGAGGGACCAGAGACCUUUGAGCUGGUGCUCCGUAUGCCGAUGAACGCAGUUCUUGGGGAGCCUAGCAAGACAGUCAUCACUAUAAAUGACACAGUCACAGAUUUGCCUAAAGUACAGUUUAGGGAGGCGGAGUACAAGGUGGAUGAGGCUGAUGGAAAGGUGAGGGCGAUGGUGUACCGUAGUGGUGACAUCAGUCAGAGGUCCACGGCCCGCUGUUACACUCGCCAGGGAUCUGCCCAAGUCAUGAUGGAUUAUAAUGAGCGACCCAAUACUGAUGCUUCAAUCAUUGUGUUCCUACCAGGUGAGAUUGAGAAGCCAUGUGAAGUGACUUUAGUUGAUGACUCAGUUCAUGAAGAGGAUGAGGAAUUCCGGUUGGUUUUGGGCACCCCCAAGAGCAAAUCACCAUAUGGAGCUUCAGUGGGAGAACAGAAAGAGGCUUUGGUCACUGUUACCGACCAUAAGGACAAAUCAGUCAUCAGGUUUGCUGAGAUUAAAUACAGCAUUAGAGAGCCACAAGUUCCUGGAGAGAUUGCAGUAGUGAAGAUCCCGGUCCUACGUCAGGGUGAUACCUCCAAGGUCUCUGUGGUGAGAAUUCACACCAAGGAUGGCUCUGCAACAUCAGGAGAGGACUACAAUCCCCUUUCUCAAGAUGUGGAGUUCAAAGAGGGUGAGACAGAGCAUGUAGUGGAGAUCCAAGUUCUGUAUGAUGGACAAAGAGAGAUCCGUGAGGCUUUCACCGUUCACAUGAAGCCUGACGAGUAUAUGGUGGCUGAGACACAGAUGAGCAAGGCUAUUGUGUACAUCGAAGAGAUGAAUAGUGUGGCUGAUGUUACCUUCCCAGCUGUGCCUCAGGUGGUGUCAUUGCUGUUGUAUGAUGAUACGAUUCGGGCUAAGGACAAUCCCCACCCUCCAACAGGCUAUCCUGUAGUUUGUGUGACAGCCUGCAAUCCCAAAUACUUCGACUUUGACAAGACUGGUUCCAUUUGCUCAGUGGAGAACAUCAAUGAUACAAUGACUCAGUACCGCUGGUUGGUUAGUGCCCCCAGCGGGUCGGAUGGAGUUACCAGCCCCAUGCGUGAAGUGGACACCAACACCUUCUUCACAAACACAAAGUCCAUCACACUAGAUUCCAUCUAUUUUCAGGCUGGCUCCAGAGUGCAAUGUGCCGCCCGAGCCUUCAACGCCAAUGGAGACGCUGGGCUGGAGCUCAGCUCGCCCAUUGUGGUCAUCAGCAGAGACGAGGGUCUUUGUCAGCCUCGUAUACCUGGUACGGUGGGUGCUGAACCAUUCUCUGCUAAAAUUCGUUACACUGGCCCGGAUGACCCCGACUAUCCUAAUGUGAUCAAACUCACUGUCACUAUGCCCCACAUGGAUGGUAUGCUGCCUGUUAUCUCCACACGUCCCCUCUCUAACUUUGAACUGACACUGAGUCCGGAUGGCACACGAGUAGGGAACCACCGCUGCUCUAACCUCCUGGAUUUUAAUGAAAUUCAAACAGCACAUGGCUUCAUCACUGAUGCCACAAAGAACCCAGAAAUUAUUGGUGAGACUUCACCGUACCAGUACAAUGUGGCCAUGCGUAGCGCCAAUUCCCUUAGAUUUUACCGCAACCUCAACCUGGAGGCAUGUCUGUGGGAGUUCAGUAGCUACUAUGACAUGUCAGAACUGCUGAAUGACUGUGGGGGAUCUAUCGGCACAGAUGGACAGGUGCUGAAUCUUGUUCAGUCCUAUGUAACCCUGCGCGUCCCUCUGUUUGUGUCUUACGUCUUCCACUCUCCUGUUGCUGUUGGCGGCUGGCAACAUUUUGACCUGCGGUCUGAGCUACGGCUUACCUUUGUGUAUGACACUGCCAUAUUAUGGCAAGAUGGUAUUGGAAGCCCACCGGAAGCUGAGCUGCAAGGUGCCAUGUAUCCCACCAGCAUGAGGAUCAAUGAAGAAGGCCGUCUUGUUGUGAACUUCAAGACAGAGGCUCGAUUCAGGGGACAGUUUGUUAUGUCUCACCCAGGAACCACUUUGUCCUCUAUUAUAAUCUCAGCUGACCACUCUGACCUCACGUUCACUCUUUCCCUGGUCAGAACCGAACCAACUUACAACCAGCCCAUGCAACAAUGGAGCUUCAUUUCUGACUUUGCUGUGAGGGACUACUCUGGCACCUACACUGUAAAGCUGAUUCCAUGCAUUGCUUCACCUAAUGGAGAAUUCAGCAUUCCCCCGGUGUGUCAUCCGAGAGAACCCCUCACCUUUGACAUGGACAUUCGCUUCCAGCAGGUGAGUGACCCUGUAGCAGCAGAGUUUAGUUUGAACACUCAGAUGGUCCUGCUUUCAAAGAAGGAGCUGUGGCUUUCUGAUGGCUCCAUGGGCUUUGGAGAGGGCACUGACACCGCAUUUGCUGAGGGUUCUAAAAUCUAUGGGCGUGUGAUGGUGGACCCAGUGCAGAACCUGGGGGACUCUUUCUCUUGCAGUAUAGAGAAGGUGUUCCUCUGUACAGGCACUGAUGGCUAUGUACCAAAGUACAAUCCAACCAAUAAAGAGUAUGGAUGUCUGGCAGAUGCUUCAUCACUGCUUUACAGGCUCAAGAUCUUGGACAAAGCCCAGCCAGAAACCCAGGCCACCUCCUUUGGAAAUGUACAGUUUGAUGCCACCCUGGCUUUGGACACACCAGGAGCCCUGCCUUUAGUCCGACAACCUGGAUCAGAUGGCUUCACCCUGUCAUCAUCUCCUCUUUUUCAGGUUGCUGCUGGCCGUGAAUGGUUCAUCCACACCAUCUACACCGUCCGCUCUAGAGAGAAUGCCAAUCGUGGUAAAAGAAGCCUUGAGUACCACCAUGGCUUGUCCUCCAUCCUAUCUGACCCCGGCACACGUAGUCGACGUGCAGUGCCUGACUCAGAGGCUUUGGACAUUAGUGCCGAGAACAACCGAGGCACCAACAUCCAGCAUAUUGCCCUGGACCGCUCUAACCGACUCCAGGUGAGCCAGCCAUGGGGUCGCGAAACCUACCAAGAGCACCCUCUGGUGGAGGGGAGCCUGGUUAAGGGGCCUAGUUCAGUUUACCCUCUUCCCGCUGGCAUGUCCACAUUGCUGGGGGUGGCUGGGCUUAUCCUGCUGGUAUGUCUGGUGGUUGUGCUGGUGAUUCUCUUACUGCAGCGCAAGAGGAAAGAGAAAAAGUAUCCACCUUAUUCCGCUUCCUCCUGCACAGCAUACAGCAGGGAGGCCACGGGCAUGAGGCACAACAGGGACAGCUCUGAGGUUUAAACAGCCCCUCUUUCCGAAAACCUUCCCUGUUCAUUAAGACAUUCAUGCCUAAACUAACUUUCACCAUGGUGCUUUCCUCCCAAGAAGCAAAGCAGCUGAGGUUGUGACAGAUUGAUUCAAUGAGAGACAACCAUGCUGGGAUUUGAAGCCUUAGUUAAAAUGACACCAUCCAAUGUGUGGCUCUCAUGUAGGGUUCCACAGCUUCUGCCAAGUUAUAAUUAACAUCUUAAUUGUGAACUGCUAGAUUGUUCAUCCAGUCAGAAAUAAACACAUCUUGACUCCAAGACAAGUAGAAGCUCUCAUAUAACCUGGCCAAACCAAGGGAGGUUGCUUGUUGCAUAUUCCCAAAGAUUAAGUUUGAGCUUUGCAGUACUAAUGUUACAGCAUGCUCCCAAUGGCUCCCACAGUAAACAUGCUCAGACAAACAGAGUAAAUCUGUGCUUUGCUGUUAACUCUUGCUCAGCUUGUGGCAAACUCAGAUUAUAUGAAAAUAUAACAUUAGCACAACUUGUCUGCAUUAUACAUAAUUCAACCCAACAAAUUUAUAAAAUGUUUAAGUAAAAACUAAAUGUUACAUAGUAAACAAGAAUGGCAUGAAUGACCCGAAUUGGCCAUCAGAAGCCUAAACCGGAAGUCUUAGGCAAAUAGAUCUUUGUCAGGAUUAUUGAGUAUAGUUUUUUGUUUGUCUGUUUUAUUUUCAUUCAAUGCAUAAACUUCUUUAUCUGAGUGUGUGCAAGCGUUUCAGUAAACAAAUGGAUGCAGGAACUGGCUUCUUCAAACAUUUAUGUAAUAAAUGUAUCUAUUUUUAUAUGUUCCAUGACAUGAACUGCUAUUUAAGAGCAAAGAUCAGUGUUCCCCGAUGACUGAUGUGUCGUUAUGCAAAGCGAGUUAAAUGAUGUUUAAUAUAAUUAAUUCAUAACUAUUCAGAAUGUACUUAUUUUUAUAAACAUUUCAGGACGUUAAAAUGUGGUUCAGAAUCACAUAUAAUUGUGUGUACAUAGCUGCCUACUCUACUGUCAACAAAAGGUAUCAGUACACCCUGAUAAAACUUGAAAAGUUGUGAACCACACAUAUCAAGCAUUGUUACAUAGUAAAUGUUUCUUUCAUGUUAAAUAAUUCAGUACAGAUUUACAAAAUUAAGCAAAGGAUGUUGAAUGUGCUAAUUAUACUUUGACUAACGUGGUUUAAUUUUUUGGCUUAUUACCUGGCGAUACCUUUUUUCAGUUUAUUGUUUAAUGUCAGUCAUUGUUUAUUGUACAACUGUUAGUUCCGGUCAUCUAAUUUGAUUGAACAAAUGGUGUUCCAAGUGUGCUUAUUUUUAGUUUAACAGCAUUGGGACGCUUCACUGUGUCAAUCAGGUUGACUGAGUUCACAGUGUUCCACACAGGCUGCCAGACUGUGCAUUGCUCUGCUUUGGCUACUUUUGGAACCAUUUUCAUUACAAGAGCAAACAUUUAAAUAUAACUGUCCAUCAUGUGUCAAAAAUGCAAGUUAACUGAUAUUAACUUUUUGUUUAUACUGUUUUAUAAAAGCAAUAAUCACACUCAUCAACUCUUGCUUGUGUGAUAUUGCUAAAACAUAUUACAAUUUAAUUGCCAGACCAACAUCGUCCAAACACAGUCAGAUAACAAUCAUAAAACAUACUCUUGUACAUAAAAUGUACAAUGAUCCUACAGCCAAGAGACUGGAAAUAAUAUAUUACAGUUUUUUUUUUUUUUAAUGAAAAGAUUCUGUUACUUGUUUAUUAUAAAGUGCCUCUGAGGUGUUUAAAAGAUAAAAUGCAUACAUCUAUAACCUGUGAUGAAAUUUUAGUUGAAUUUCUGCCACUAACCUUUCUGUGACAUGAUUAGCUGCUCCAUCUAGUGUGCUUCACAUGCAACACGUUCCAAACUGCAUUAGGAAAGAAGCUGAUUCCAAUCGAGGCUCACCUACAGGGACAGAAAGAUUUUUAAAGGGCUGUUUACAAAUACAGCGACUUCAAGGUCAAUCAUUUUCAAUGAAAGUUGUCAAAAUGAGCGACCAAGAUUGAUGGUGUUGUGACCAAGUUGAGCAAAAUUUUGCUUUAUGCAACUGAGCAGUGAUAUGCAGCAACUCCCAAUGGGAGUGCAGACAGUGAUUUACCACCUGAUAUGGUUGUAUACUGCAGUCAAGUAGUAACGCCUACCGGCGACCAACAGACUUGGUGACCUCUAGCGACCUAAUCUUUGUGUGUGAACACCCUUUGAUAGGAUAGCUGCUGAACACUACCAAAAUGAAAACCGUUGACCUUCCAAUCAUCAGAACUGAAAUAAAGCGAUACUUUUGUCAAGAAAAGCUGUGAGCUUCAAUAAUCGUAUAUGCCAGAGCUUCCAUUCAGAAACAGGUAGGGUGAAGAUUAGACUACCCUGACUAUCUACAGCAUUGGUUUAU